AUGUCCGCUCACGAAGGCGAAAUGACCGCGUUGUGGUACAACAAGCCCCGCGAGUUUGAGAUCAAGCAAAUCCCGAUACCCGAAAUCGCCGAGGAUGAGAUGUUGCUCAAGGUCAACUUGUGCGGUGUGUGCGGAACAGAUGCACACAUACACGAGGGAGAAUUCAUCGCCAAGUUCCCGCUUAUCCCAGGACAUGAGGUCGUGGGUACGGUCGUAAAAAUGGGGAGCAAGGUGCAGGGGUUUAGCGAGGGGGACAAGGUUGUCGGAGACGGGAGCGAGUGCUGUGACUAUUGUCACUACUGCAAGCAGGGCAAACAUCUGUUUUGCGAGAACUUUACGCCCAAGGGGAUUGUCAAGCCUGGAGGAUUCGCUCAAUACGUUGCUUUCAACUUUGCCAAAUGCUUCAAGAUCCACAAUCUGACAGACGAAGAAGCGACCCUGCUGGAACCUGCCAGUUGCGCCAUACACGGAAUGGACAAGAUCAAGAUGCCCUUUGGCGCAAAGUGUCUCUUGAUCGGAGCGGGACCUACGGGACUCAUGCUAGCUCAGCUAUUGAAGCUUGGAGGCGCUUCGUCAGUCACCAUCGCGGCGAACAAGGGGAUCAAGAUGGACAUUGCGCGGAAAGUACAGGCUGCCGACCAUUAUCUCGACCUGGAGCGGGAUCGAGGGGAGGCGAAGAAGCAGUGGGAUCAGCUGUUAGCGGACAAUCCUUACGGAUUCGACGUGGUAGCCGAGUGCACCGGUGUCGAGUCGAUCGUGAACGACUCGAUCAACUAUGUCGGCCGAGGUGGAACACUGCUCGUGUAUGGGGUGUAUGCCGACUCAGCGAGGGUUACGUGGAGCCCGACCAAGAUCUUCUUGAACGAGAUCAACAUCGUCGGCUCGUUCGCCCAGGUAUUCUGCUUCCCGCGAGCCGUAGAACUGCUUGACUCCAAAAAGAUCCGGACGGACGGGAUGGUCACCGAUGUCUUUGCGCUCAAAGAUUAUCAGAAGGCAUUGGAUAAGAUGGCUUCUAGGAAUGCCCUCAAGAUCGCCAUUCGCCCAUAG